GGAGCCUAUGAUUAUGAAGACUCAACUCUCUCUGCUAACCUAAACUUGGAAACAUGGUUUGUUUCGGACAAAAUGUUGUUGCCAACCUUUUUUGUACAUGGCUUAGUUGUUGUAGUUCAAGCUGCUGACUCGCUGCUCAAAUUGGUGUCGGAGUUGAAGCAGAUUGCAAUUUUCCCAGGAUUUGCAUCUCUGGAUGACCAUGUAGACCGUAAUUUGGCUGAAAGUACAAAUCGGAAAUUGUCGAGAAUUGGGGAGGAGGUUGCAGAGUCUCAUUACUACUCGUCCGUUAGUCCACACGAGGCUUCAGAGUAA